AUGUCUGCCAAGAUUAUUGAUGGAAAGGCCAUCGCACAGUCUGUGCGAAACCGCGUGAAAGAAGAUAUUGCCGCUACAAAGGCCAAUUUUCCAUUCUAUAAUCCUCACUUGGCUAUUGUUCAAGUUGGCAACAGACAAGACUCUUCUAUUUAUGUCAAAAUGAAAGAUAAAGCCGCACAAGAGGUCGGAAUUCAGAUCACUAUGGAAAAAUUACCUGAAAGCGUUUCACAGAGCGAGCUGCUCCAAAAGGUUAAACAAUUGAACGAUGAUUAUCGUAUUCAUGGUAUUCUCGUGCAAAUGCCCCUGCCCGACCAUAUUGACGAGACAACCGUUGUGGAAACCAUCAGCUACGAGAAAGAUGUCGAUGGUUUUCAUGCAAUCAAUAUCGGCAACAUGUCCAAAAGAACAGCUGAACCUUUGUUCUUGCCGUGCACACCCAAGGGCAUCAUCGAGUUGCUCAAAUCGACCGGUAUUGAUAUGUGCGGCAAGCGUGCUGUUGUUAUUGGUCGAAGUGACAUUGUCGGUGCUCCUGUUGCCAGUUUGUUGACUAGCGAAGACGCUACUGUCACAUUGUGCCAUUCAAAGACAGAAAAUCUCGAGAGUAUCGUAAGAGAUGCCGAUAUCAUCGUUGCUGCGGUCGGCAAAACUGAGCUUGUCAAGGGCGACUGGGUCAAACCAGGUGCUGUCAUUAUUGAUGUCGGUACCAACGCUGUGCCCGACGCUACCAAAAAAUCGGGUACACGAUGGGUCGGUGAUGUUGAAUUUGAAAAGGCCAAGGAAGUAGCUGGUGCCAUCACCCCUGUUCCCGGUGGGGUUGGUCCAAUGACAGUUGCCAUGUUGAUGGAGAAUACCAACAACAGCGCCAAACGCUGGCUUGCUUUAAGUCGCCAGCGAUCCAUUACUCCUUUACCCCUUCACCUGAAAACACCCGUGCCUAGUGAUAUUGACAUUGCUAGAGCACAAACACCUAAAAUGAUUGAUUUAUUGUGCAAGGAACUUGGCUUAAUGCCUACAGAGUAUGAACUGUAUGGUACUUCGAAAGCAAAAAUCGAUCUCAGUGUUCUGGAAAGAUUGCAGCAUCGUAAAGACGGUCGUUAUGUGGUGGUCACAGGAAUUACACCCACACCUCUUGGUGAAGGCAAAUCCACCACGACUAUCGGUCUUGUCCAGGCUUUGGCAUCUCAUCUGAACAAGUCGGCCUUUGCAUGUGUCCGCCAGCCGUCUCAAGGUCCUACAUUUGGCAUCAAAGGUGGUGCUGCCGGUGGCGGUUACUCUCAGGUCAUUCCCAUGGACGAUUUCAAUCUCCAUUUGACUGGCGAUUUGCAUGCUGUGACUGCAGCCAACAACUUGCUGGCCGCUGCAAUUGACGCACGUAUGUUCCAUGAGAACACGCAAUCGGAUAAGGCUUUGUUCAACCGACUAUGCCCAGUACGUAAGGGCCAGCGCUCCUUUGCUCCGGUGAUGCUGAAGAGACUCGAGAAACUGGGCAUCAGCAAGACGAACCCAAACGAUCUUACCGAAGAAGAAGUGCGACGUUUUGCCCGCUUAGAUAUUGAUCCCACCACUAUUACAUGGCAACGCGUUCUUGAUACCAAUGACCGAUUCUUGCGUAGUAUUACAGUCGGCCAAGCUACUACUGAAAAGGGACAAGAACGUCAGACUGGAUUUGAUAUCACUGUUGCAAGCGAAGUGAUGGCUGUCCUCGCUUUGGCCACAGAUUUGCAGGAUAUGAGACAACGUCUUGGAAAAAUGGUGAUUGCUAGUUCAAAGCAAGGAGAACCUAUCACUGCAGACGAUAUUGGCAUUGGCGGUGCCUUGACGGUUCUCAUGAAGGAUGCCAUCAAGCCUAAUUUGAUGCAAACGCUCGAAGGCACCCCUGUUUUGGUUCACGCUGGUCCUUUCGCGAAUAUUGCUCACGGCAAUUCAUCCGUUUUGGCCGACAAGAUCGCUCUUAAGCUUGCCGGUACCGACGGCGUUGAAGGCAUGGAACCUGGUUACGUUGUCACUGAAGCUGGAUUCGGUGCCGAUAUGGGUAUGGAGAAAUUCUUUGAUAUCAAAUGCCGUGUGUCCGGCCUUAUUCCCGACGCUGUGGUCAUCGUUGCUACUGUCCGAGCGCUGAAGAUGCAUGGUGGUGCGCCAGAGGUCGUGGCCGGAAAGCCAUUGCCGGAUGCAUAUACCGAGGAGAAUCUUGAAUUUUUGGAGAAGGGCUGUUCUAAUCUCGCCAAACAUAUCGAGAACGCGAAAAAGUUUGGUGUGUCAGUUCUGGUCGCUAUCAAUCGUUUCACGUCGGACACGGAUGCCGAAAUGGCCAUGAUUCGCAAGCUAUCUUUGGCAGCUGGUGCUGAUGAUGCUGUAGCGUGCGAUCACUGGGCUCGCGGUGGACUUGGUGCGGUGGACCUUGGCAAAGCCGUUAUCAACGCCUGUGCCAAAGACAAGCACUUCAAGUUCCUGUAUGAUUUGGACUCGUCCAUUGAAGACAAGAUCAAUGUUAUUUGCAAGGAAAUUUAUGGAGCUGAUGGUGUGGAAUUAUCAGAUCUUGCCAAGGAAAAGAUCGCCACCUACACCCAACAAGGUUUUGGUGAUUUGCCCAUAUGUAUGGCGAAGACGCAAUACAGCUUCAGCCAUGAUCCUAACUUGAAGAACGUGCCCACUGGUUUUACUGUGCCGAUCCGUGAUAUUCGCGCAUCCGUAGGCGCUGGAUUCUUGUAUCCUUUGGUGGGAUCCAUGCAAACUAUGCCUGGAUUGCCUACGCGUCCCUGUUUCUACGAUGUGGAUCUUGAUGAAUCGGGCCAAGUAACCGGCCUUUUUUAA